AAUACACACACCAGCUAACCCAAGCCUCACCCUCAGCCAGCAUCACCUCUCAUCUUGGAGUCCUCAUCCUAGCCACCUCGGGGAAACCAGCAUAAAGAAUCAUGUACGGGUCUGCAGCGGCUCGAUCCGGUCCCGAUGGCCAACCCACUCUUCUGGAAAGCUAUAUCGAACGUGCGUGUAGUCCGAUGCUCAGUCAGCCCAACAUGUCCCUUAAUUUAGAGAUUGCAGAUUUGAUCAAUAUGAAGAAAGCCAAUACUCCACGUGAAGCGGCGAUGGCUACUCUACAGCAUGUCAAUCGAAGGAAUACACACGUUUCGAUGUUGGCCCUUCAUCUCCUCGAUAUCUUAGUCAAAAAUUGUGGUUAUCCCUUCCACCUACAAAUCUCAACGAAAGAAUUUCUCAAUGAACUUGUCCGUCGGUUUCCAGAAAAACCUCCAGUGUUCCCUCCACCGCCGAUGCAGAAGAUCUUAGAGUUGAUUCACGAGUGGAAGUUGACGAUCUGUGUGACGAGCAAACAUAAAGAAGAUUUGGUUCAUAUUCGUGACAUGCAUCGUCUUCUUAGCUACAAAGGCUAUCGGUUCCCAGAUGUUGAUCGACGCGCAGCUCAAGUGCUAAACGAGUCCGAUAGACUGAAGUCCGCAGAAGAACUGGAGGAAGAAGAUCGAGCGGCCCAAUCUGCGAAACUGCAAGAGCUGAUCCGGCGAGGGACUCCUAAAGAUCUGGCCGCAGCCCAAGAGUUAAUGAAAAUCAUGGCAGGAGCGGAACCGGACAAACAACCAGAUUAUCAGGCCCAGAUGCAAAAGGAAUUAGAUCGAGUGCAGUCGAGAGUGCUGUUGUUAAACGAGCUAUUGAACAACGCUCAGCCUGGCGAAAAGUUUGUUGAGGGUGACGCGUUCGAUCAACUAUCCCAAAAAUGUAAACAGGUUCAACCCAAACUUCAGAAGUGGAUUAAUGAAUCUGCGGACAAUCCAGACAUGAUGGAUCGAUUACUGUUAAUCAACGAUCUGACCAAUAAUGUUUUGGAGCGUUACAUUGCAUUCAAGGCUGGCGAUUACACAGCCACAGCUGAAAUCAAUCCCGCGUUUGCUGGGAAGGAUACCGCUACGGCGAAGACACGGGCCAAGGAAGUCAGCUUGAUUGACUUUGACGAUCCGGAUGAAGGUACCUCACCUACCAACCAGACAAGCGGGACUGUGAGCUUGGUAGAUGGUCUACUAGAUACCUUCUCGAUCUCUGAUCAGAAUACAUCAAGCCAACCGGUCACUGGAGCCGGCGGAUUACCCAGUAAUCUGUUCUUCGAUUCUACACCUAUUCAUGGAGGACCUAGUUCGACAACAAUCCCAAAUAAUACGCAACCUCGGAACGACUUUUUCUCGCCGCAAAAUUCUCUGGGUUGGGCUACCGGGGUACCUUAUUCUUCUUCUUCUUCUCCGUCAAUCACCCAGGGUAUUUCUCCUCAUGUCACGGGGGCAAUCUCUCUCGGUGGACCAUCCAGCUCGUCCUCAAACUUCAAUCAAUCUAUUCCUAGUACUACUGUUCUAACUCCCAAUCGAACCCUUACCCCUUCAAAUCCCUCCAAUCCUUCCUCAACUCAACCACAGUCUAUCCCUCUUAACAAAGCAAAUAACCUUUCAGCACCCGCUGCUAGUUCGACUCAUCCUUCUUCAAAACCUCCGGCUAAUGAUCCUUUCGCUGAUUUGGCCGGACUCUUUUGACCUUGUCUUCUUUCUUCUGAUGUCACCCCCCCCGUCUCCCUGCCUCUGGCUUUCAUCAUCUCUCAUCGUCUUCAUUAAUUUAUUUCUCUCCCUUUUUCUUUUGAUGAUACUCUUGAUGAUCAAUGUAGUUCGGUUAUUGCCUUGACUUUUUGGCUCUCUCUCUCUCUUUCUUUGCCUUUAUCUCUACCCGCUUUGAUCUCAACAACAUUCAUUGCCUUUAGAAUUUGCCGAAUAAUUGGUCUUCCCUUUUUCUUCUCUAUUGCUCUAGAGUGAAAAAAAGUAGAGGUGAUCAAGGUCUAUGGGUGUAAUGUACAGACACCUCUCUAGGUAGAUUGUAGACAGACAG